GGUCACCUGACUGAAAAGUAGGUUCUCGGGGCCACCAAGUUAACCUAGCUAACUGAGUGCUAUAUGAGCACCGAGCAUCCAGCGCUUGAGUCCUCGUGGGCCCUGAUUCGCGCUCUGGAUGGGUCCUCUGACCCUCCACAGGGCGGCGAACUGCUCAAAGUUGAGCUCGCGCUUGCUGCUUGGAGGAACCCGAAUCUCCUCGUCCCUUGUAAAGCUGAGGUCCUAGGGCGCUGGGCGUUGAAAACCAUGAUUAAGUGCAAAGACCAGGUGCCGGAAAGGAACGUAAAUCUUGACCAACGCUAUUGGUCCCUUUUAAAUGCCAUUUUUUCUUCGAUUACCGCGUACUCUGGAGAAAAGUCACAUAUUCCCCCCCUCGAAAUGUGCCUGAUGAACCGAAAUCACUUGGGCGUGCCUACCCAAUAUGGAUGACUGACAUCAUUUCAAACCCUUCAAUAUACAUAAUUCUCCCUUCUCUGCUUAAAGUUUUCGAAGGGCUAACUCGCGGAGUGGUGGAGGAGGUUCUGUCCGUAUACCGUCUGGUGCAGCCCGUUGCGUUGGUCAGGAUCGAAUUUCGGGUUGUGUUCUCGGUUGCUUGUGAAUUUUUCAGAUUGUUGGCACGCAGUGACAC